AUGGGGUGGCCAACGUUGAUAACUCCCCACUCGGAAGGGUCGACACUGUCACGCCAGAAACGGUUUUUAAUAUUCCCUCGGGCUAAUCCUGGACGCCUGCAACUGAUCGGUGGAUUUGGUAUACCCGUCGACAUUCAACUCGAGUCGAUCACCGUUGGGUAUGUUAUCAAAACCGUUUACUACCUACCAUGGAAUUCGUCACACUUGAUACCACCGUUCCUGGACCGACACGAGGCUGACGGGCUUCCGGUAGCACCACUGCGCAACACGAGAUCAAUACCAUUGGUGCUAGCGGCUGAUCGGAUCGAGCGGUACGAGGGAAUAUUGGUGGAUAAAGGAACCGAUUCCCUGCCGAAACCUUCUCAUGCCGAAUCUCGAUGGAUGUUUUACCGUGCCAUUGAACAAAUGUUCGAACAGAAGGGCUACGAUGGCCAUAGUUGUGUGUUGCGUGCCAUAUGCGAGACAUCGGAAGCGGCCUUUACGCAUACCAGUGGGUUGGUGGGAGAGCUGUUGAAUAUAGUUUUCCGACCAUCUACCACCGACGACACCAUUACGGAGGCUAGUCAUGAACGGUAUCGGCAGGCGGAGCGCAUUUCGGCCACCAUUAGCUCCCGGAAUGAUCGAGUUGCCACGCUCUAG